AGGAAGCUCUAUUUCAACACUAGGCCUUGCCUCUCUCGCUCCUGCAGCCCGGCCUCCGGAGGAGCGGACGGUGGGCAUGCUGGCAUCGCUCGCCUAGGGCCGACACACCCGGGGCUCCGCUGCUGCCCUGCGCGGUUCACGACGCCCCCAUGCCCCGAGCCCCAGCCAGCGACGGCCUCUGUCGCCUCUCGGCCUACCUGGAAGAGCUGGAGGCCGUAGAGCUGAAGAAGUUCAAGCUGUACCUGGGCACGGAGGCGGUGGCGAGCAGGAUCCCCUGGGGGCGGCUGGAACCGGCCGGGCCCCUGGACACCGCGCGGCUGCUGGUGGCGCACUGCGGGCCGGACGCCGCCUGGCCGCUGGCGCUGGGCCUCUUCCAGCGCAUCAACCGGCGGGACCUGUGGGAGAGAGGACAGAGAGAGGAGCCGCUGAGGGGUACUCCACCUGGUGGCCCGUCCUCCCUGGGGAGCCAGUCAGCAUGUUCUCUGGAAGUCUUUCCUGGAGCUCCAAGAAGAGAUCCCCAGGAAACCUACAGGGACUAUGUCCGCAGGAAGUUCCGGCUGAUGGAAGACCGCAAUGCACGCCUGGGGGAAUGCGUCAACCUCAGCCUCAGGUACACCCGCCUUCUCCUGGUGAAGGAGCACUCAAAUCCCAUGCGGGCCCAGCAGAAGCUCUUGGACACGAGCUGGGGCCAGGCGAGAACCCUGGGACACCAGGCCAGCUUCAUCCAGAUGGAGACCCUCUUUGAGCCCGACGAGGAGCGCCCCGAGCCGCCACGCACGGUGGUCCUGCAGGGAGCAGCGGGGAUGGGCAAGUCCAUGCUGGCCCACAAGGUGAUGCUGGACUGGGCUGACGGCAGGCUCUUCCAGGACAGGUUCGAUUACGUCUUCUACGUCAACUGCAGGGAGAUGAACCAGGGCACCGCCGAGCAGAGCGCCCAAGACCUCAUCUCCAGCUGCUGGCCUGAGCCCAGCGUGCCCCUCCAGGAGCUCGUCCGAGCCCCCGAGCGUCUCCUGUUCAUCAUUGAUGGCUUUGAUGAGCUAAAACCCUCUUUCCACGACCCUCAGGGCCCCUGGUGCCUCUGCUGGGAGGAGAAGCGGCCCACAGAGCUUCUCCUUUGCAGCCUGAUUCGGAAGAAGCUGCUGCCCGAGCUGUCGCUGCUCAUCACCAGCAGGCCCACGGCUCUGGAGAGGCUCCACCGCUGGCUGGAGCACCCCAGGCACGUGGAGAUCCUGGGCUUCUCUGAGGCAGAAAGGAAGGAGUACUUCUACAAGUACUUCCACGAUGCAGAGCAGGCCCGGCAGGUCUUCCAUUUCGUGAGGGACAACGAGCCCCUCUUCACUCUGUGCUUUGUCCCCAUGGUGUGCUGGGUCGUUUGCACCUGCCUCAAGCAGCAGCUGGAGGACGGGGGGCUUCUGAGACAGACGUCCAGGACCACGACCGCGGUGUACGUGCUCUACCUCCUGAGUCUGAUGCAGCCCAAGCCGGGGAGCCCGACCCUCCAGCCCCUGCCCGACCAGAGAGGGCUGUGCUCGUUGGCGGCCGACGGCCUCUGGAAUCGGAAAGUCCUGUUCGAGGAGCGGGACCUCCGGAAGCACGGCCUCGACGGGGCGGACGUGUCUUCCUUCCUCAAUGUGAACAUCUUCCAGAAAGACAUCCACCGUGCCAAGUUCCACAGCUUCAUCCACCUGAGCUUCCAGGAGCUCUUCGCGGCCAUGUACUACCUCCUGGACCCCGGGGAGAUGGGGUCCGGCCCGGAGCAGAACGUGACCAGGCUGCUGGCCGAGUACGGCUUUUCGGACCGGAGCUUCGUGGCGCUCACCGUCCGCUUCCUGUUCGGACUCCUGAACGAGGACACGAGGAGCUACCUGGAGAAGAGCCUUGGCUGGAAGGUCUCGCCUCACGUCAAGGCGGAGCUGCUGCGCUGCAUCCAAGGCAAAGCCCAGAGCGAGGGCUCGACUCUGCGGCAGGGCGCCCUGGAGCUCUUCAGCUGCCUGUACGAGAUCCAGGAGGAGCGCUUCAUCCGGCAGGCGCUGAGCCACUUCCAGGUGGUCGUGGUGGGCAACAUGGCCACCAAGAUGGAGCACGUGAUUGCCUCCUUCUGCGUGCAGAGCUGCCGGCACGCCCUGGUGCUGCACUUGCAUGGGGCUGCCUACAGCACGGACGAGGACGAUGGGGGGAGACGGGCUCCGGGGCCCCAGACGCUACCGGCACCGUCACCCGAGAAGCACCUUUUGCCGGAGGCCUACAGCAAACAGCUUGCCGCCGCUCUGAGCACCAACCCGAACCUGACGGAGCUGGUUUUGUACCGCAACGCGCUGGGCAGCCGGGGGGUGAGGCUGCUGUGUCAGGGGCUCAGACACCCCGGCUGCAAGCUUCAGAACCUGAGCCUGAAGAGGUGCUGUGUGCCCAGCUCCGCCUGCCAGGACCUGGCGGCCGCCCUGGUGGCCAACCGGAGUCUGACCAGGGUGGACCUCAGCUGCAACGGGCUGGGCCUGCCGGGCGUCAGGCUGCUCUGCGAGGGGCUCCAGCAUCCCGGCUGCAGGCUGCAGGCGAUCCAGUUGAGGAAGUGUCAGCUGGAGGCUGGGGCUUGCCGGGAGAUCGCCUCUGUGCUCAGCACCAAUCGACAUCUGGUGGAGUUGGACCUGACGGGAAACGUGCUGGAGGAUUUGGGGCUGAGGCUCCUGUGUCAAGGCUUGAGGCACCCAGGGUGCAGGCUGCAGAUCCUCUGGUUGAAGAUUUGCCACCUCACCGCGGCUGCCUGUGAGGAGCUCGCCUCCACCCUCGCCGUGAACCGGAGCCUGAUGGAGCUGGAUCUAAGCCUGAAUGACCUGGGGGACCCCGGGGCGCUGCUGCUGUGUGAGGGCCUCAGGCAUCCGCAGUGCAGCCUCCAGACUGUCCGGUUGGGCAUUUGCAGGCUCAGCUCGGCCACCUGCGAGGGUAUCUGCACGGUGCUCCGGGUCAACCCCCACCUUCGGGAACUGGACCUGAGCUUCAAUGACCUGGGGGACACGGGCAUGUGGCCGCUGUGCGAGGGGCUGCGACACCCCACCUGCAGGCUGCAGAAACUAUGGCUGGAUAGCUGCGGCCUCACAGCCAAAGCUUGUGAGGAUCUUUCUUCCGCCCUCGGGGUCAGCCAGACCCUGACGGAGCUUUAUCUGACCAACAACGCCCUGGGGAACGCCGGGGUCAGGCUGCUUUGCAAGGGGCUGAGUCAUCCCGGCUGCAAACUUCAAGUCCUCUGCGUGCAACGCCGAGGAGGCCGUACCUUCUGUCCUCGCUAGCUGGGUGACUUCAGGCUAUUUGGCAUGCCCCUGAAUAAAACGACCCACAGAAGACUGGCAGCCCUUCGGCUCAUGAAGCCUCACCUGGACAUCGGUUGCUGAACGGUUCUAGCCACCGGCUCUUCUCUUGGAGUCAGGACGGAGGACGGUGAUCCCUGGAGCAGUGCGUCAGUCAUCGUGAUCAGGCUUUCAUCUCCUGCAAACUGCCACGCGGGAUGGAGCCCUUCAGCUUGGGGACUGUCAUCGACGUGCGGCGCAGUGUGCAGCCUUGGUUCUGGGGAUGCAGAUGUCACGGAGGGAACUUCGGACGGGCCCCCGGUGAUUCCCAGCAGAGGGAGGUUUAGCUCCCUCUCCUUCCCCAGGACACCUGGCAAUGUCAGGAAGCGUUAGGGUGCUGCUGGGAACUCCUGGACGUAGUGGGGGGAGGGCAGGCAUACUCCCCAACACCCCACAAAGGACAAGACAGCCCCUCAUGGCCAAGUGUUUAGCUGAAAGGACAUUUGUGGCGAGGCUGAGAAUCCUCAUUCAGGGACCAGUGGUGCAAUGAGGGUGCCGGCCAUCUCGGAGGCUGCUGUUCAUGCCAACGCCGCACCCAUGCCCUUGCAACCUUGUUCUGCACGUGGUUCCGGCCCCUGGCUGGAGGCAGGUGCACUGUGGUUGGCCCCCCUACCAGGGUUGGCCCGACUGUAGGCUGGCCAAUAACCUGGACCAUGCCUUGGAUGACAACCCAUUCCAGUCGGAGACUGGAAGUGGGGAACCUCAGCCCCAGCCCAUGAUGGGCAGGAACACCCAAGGACACGUGAGCAUGACGCACUGAGGCCAUUGGUGAAGGGGUCGGGAAAAACUUCCCCAGGGAGCAUAAGGAAUUUAUAGAGGAAACUCUACUUGUAACCCAUGUGAGUCUGGGAAGGGAAAUAGAAAUCCCCUCCCUUACUGAGCCCCCGCAGCCUGUCUGGCCUCCACUCCCCAUCACCAGCUUCCGGAAGAGCCCAUCACAGCCCGAUGGGUCACGACCCAGGCCUCUUGCUGGAGCUGGAGAAGGGCAGCUCUUGGGAGGACCAAGGCUCAACACGGUUAAGAUGGAGUUACUGGGCUCCUGGUUAGAUGGCAGCCGGGGGCCAGAGCCAAGGCAGCUCCCUGGGCCUGACUGCUCAUUUCAGGGACCACACUGCAGUGGUUCGGGGAGACCCGCAGGUCACAGCCCUCCAGGACCGAUCCAUGAAAUGGUCAAUAGCAGCCAUUCCCAAUAAAAUCUUGGAAGCCAGCA